AUUAGCCUACUGCAGAGACUUAAUAAACAGUGAUCAUUUAUAUUUCUGUAUUUACAUGUAGCCUAUUGAUUCGUUCUAUAUUUGUAGUUUGUGGAAUGCAUUAAGUCUAAAGGAAAAUAUUCCAUAGUGGUUUAUAUAACAUUAUAGAUACUGGAGGGACUCCUUUUUGACCUAUAGAUAUUAUUGUCUCGUAUUUGUAUAAUAGUCAUAAGAUAAAAAGGGGCAGUACAAUGUCAUGUUUGUACCUGGACGCAGAAGUACUGUAUCAUGAACAGCCUAUACAGUAUCCGUCCACAUUUCCGUAGAGGUCCCCCUCUUAGCGGCUGCUGCAAGCUCAUUUGAUUUCUAAGCAGUGGACUACAGCGCAGAGUGGACAUGAAGAGACUGCCUGUGCACUCGUGUACAGCAACAAAACAGCCCGCACACGAGCUAAGGGUGAGGACAAGGAGAAGUCGCUUUGCUGGUGAUCAGUAAAGCAGGAUGCUUCUGUGCUUGGAUGAAUGAGGAUGCUGACGCUGUAUGCUGCUCGCCGUUCUGGAGACGUGCGGCACUCUUCACUCCGCUUGGUCACACUGUAGUUAUUGUAGUUACAGAGUCUGGACAUUUUCUUUAUACUCUCUCCUCUCCUGUUGGAAUUUGUUCUCGCUGGAUGCCGGGAUGCCUGCUUCUCCUCUCGUCACACCUUCCCUGGUUCUGCUGUGUGUGCUGACGACAUGUGCUCAGACAGAGAUGAAGAGAGUUGUUGGAGACAAUGCUACUCUGCCCUGCCACCAUCAGUUCUGGGUGGGUGAUGACCCUACUCUUGACAUUGAGUGGCUGCUUCUCAAGCCGACCAACAGACAGAGAGUGGUGAUCACCUACUUUGCUGGACAGGUUUUUGAUCCAAAUGAAGCAGAACAUGGCCGUGUAGCCUUCGCUGGAGAGUACUUAAAAGGCGAUGCCUCUCUGCUGAUCAGUGACUUGUCUCUGACGGACUCUGGAGAGUACAGCUGCAAAGUCAAGACUGGUGCACAAUAUCACUGGAGCACCAUAAGCCUCAUAGUACUGGCGAAGCCGUCCAAGCCACGGUGCUGGAUGGAGGGCAAACUGUUGGAGGGCGGUGAUGUUAAGAUGAGCUGCAAGUCUGCUGAUGGCUCUGAUCCCAUCCACUACAAAUGGGAGAGGGUACUGGACAAGGGCAAAUAUGUUGGCAAGUUGCCUCUAAUGGCCCUAAUAGAUUUGAAAAAUCCAGAGAUUGUGAUGUUGAGGAACUUGACCAAGGACAGCACCGGAGUCUACAAAUGCACAGCCAGCAACGAUGUGGGAGAAGAAAGUUGCACCGUGCAGGUCAAGAUGCAAUAUGUUAGGGGGAUAGGUGUGGUAGCGGGAGCAGUGGUUGGUGUGUCCUGUGGAGUCCUCCUCAUCAUUCUCAUCAUCUGGUUGGUGUUCCGAAAAAAAGCGAUGAAGAAAUAUGAAGAAGAGGAGACCCCAAAUGAAAUCAGGGAGGAUGCAGAAGCUCCCAAAGCUAAACUGGUCAAGCCCAACUCCCUCUCCUCAUCCCACUCUGGCAGCUCUCGCUCAGGCACCUCCUCCACCCAGUCCAUGGUGCACAACAUGGGGCUCCAAGGCCAAGGAACCUGUGUUCCUACUGUGGCACCUCUCAAGAAAAACUGCCAAGCCUCUACCUUCUCUCAGUCUCCACCUAGCUACAAUCAGACAGUUCCCAAGACUCCUGGACCACAUUCUACACCCACCUCCACAUCUACCUCCAAUUCCCAGCCCAGCCCUCCACCUAAACUUAGUUCUGGGAACCUGAGCUGCUUGGAGGCCACUUCUGUUGUGAUCCCUACCCAAAUGAAGGCCUUCCAGACUGUGUAGAAGAUAUGUAAUCACACAGGGGACAAGAUCAAUGUACCCUCAGGACAUGGCAACCACCUAAAUCCAAGAGUUAGAGUCUGAUAAAGAUCCAGUUAUAUUAUUCAGAUAAAUUCCCACCAAUCGCAAUCUGAUGGAUACCUUCAGCAACUUAACUCUUGGAGAAUCUCUGCUUCACACUAACAAUAUAGCUUCCUAUGGUGUUGUUUAUUGACACAUUGUGAUGACAGUAGGGUUUUAUGGUCUAUUAUUUUGAAAGACAAGGAGGUGUUGAAACUGAAGCAGCAGUUGGUUGCUAAUGGAAGAAGAAGAUUGCAUAAACCACGAGGGGACACAAUGAGGGGAAAUCGAAAGUGUACAGAAAGUGUAAAGACUUACAGUGGAUAAAAUGAGGACAUUAAAUCACAACUUCAUUCUUUUUGCAGAAGACAACAGACUGCUCAUUGAUACAUCUGAAAAGGUUAGAUUAGUUCAUAAGAGAAAAAGAAAAAGGAACAAACGUCUUUGACAGUAGUUUUUAACAAUCUUGAACGCCUUCCUACAUACAGUACACCACUUUACACCUGUUGCAAAUUAAUUAAUAAAAUAUUAAUUCCCUGCACCUAUGACUGAACAGAUAAAAUUAAAUUUUUAUAAUAUAUAAAUAGGAUGAAUGGCUCUGACACUUCAUAUAUCCAUCAAUACCUGUGUCACACACCGUAACAUGGACAUUGGACAUGGAAGGAAAAUAGCGUACAUGUGCAAAUGUGGAGAUAACUUCCCAUUUUCAGUAGUUUCAGAGUAGAUUCAUACAGGAUACAUCAUGUUCAUACUAUUCAUACCUGAAAUGUCAAUUUACAGGAUAAUGAAGUACUGAUAUUUUAAAAUUUUGUUCCAGGGUUAAACAGAUGCCCUAUUAAGAAAGUGGUGGUGAUUGUGAUGGUUUUCAUUUUAUUUAUUUAUUUUAGCCUGUUUUGUGUGUAGUAUACCUUCUUUUUUAAUCCAAGAAUGAAAAACUCUACGACUGUUAAUGCUAAAUUAAAUUGUGUUAUGUACAGUGUUGUUGUCAGCAAUAAGUCAAACUCUCCCAUAUUAAAAUAUUUCUUUUGAAUUUAAA